AGUGCAACUUUGACACAUUUCAAUUCCUUAUUCAUUAUAAAACCCUCUAUUGUAAGAAACAAAUCGCAAUGGCCAUGGAUGAUUUCAUCUUCAACACUCUCAUUUCAACUAUUCUCACCCUGUUAAUUGGAGCCUUAAUUUAUCACAUAAAGAAAACACAUACAAAGAACUGCACUGCACCUCAAGCUGAAGGUGCAUGGCCUAUUUUAGGUCAUUUGCACCUCUUUGGAGCUAAGAAACUUACACACAAAACACUUGGAAUGAUGGCUGACAAACAUGGACCAAUUUUCACAAUCAAACUUGGUUCAUACAAUGUUCUUGUACUAAGUAGCAGUGAAAUGGCGAAAGAAUGUUUCACUCUUCAUGACAAAACAUUCUCCACUAGACCCUUUGUUGCAGCCUCCAAGUUAAUGGGAUACAACUAUGCCAUGUUUGGUUUCACUCCUUAUGGUCCUUAUUGGCGCGAGAUGAGGAAGUUAGCUACAGUAGAGCUUCUUUCGAAUAACCGACUCGAACUGUUGAAGAACACGAGAGUAUCUGAGAUAGAUGCUGCAGUGAGAGAGCUUUAUAGGUUAUGGACAGUAAAGGGUUGUCCGAGAGGAGGGAUGUUGGUUGAUAUGAAGGAGUGGUUUGGCGAUUUGACGCAUAAUAUUGCUUUGAAAAUGAUGGGAGGGAAGCCAUAUUAUGGAGGUGGUGAAGGUGAAGGUAGGAAGUAUAAGGAAGCUAUGAGAGAUUGGGUGUGUUUGUUUGGUGUGUUUGUGAUGUCUGAUGCAAUUCCAUUUCUGGGUUGGUUAGAUGUUAAUGGUUAUGAGAAGGCUAUGAAGAGAACUGCGAAGAAAUUGGAUAGUUUGGCUGAAGGGUGGUUGGAGGAACAUAAAAGGAAAAGAGGUUUGGGUGAUGUUGGAAAGGAAGAACAUGAUUUCAUGGAUGUUAUGUUGAAUGUUUUGAAGGAUUCUGAGAUUUGUGGUUAUGAUUCAGAUACAGUCAUCAAGGCUACUUGCUUGAAUCUGAUUUUAGCAGGAAGUGACACCACUAUGGUGACUCUAACAUGGGCACUAUCCCUACUGCUCAAUCAUCAAAUGGAACUUAAAAAGGCACAGGAUGAGUUGAACACUCAUAUUGGGAAGGACAGGAAGGUGGAAGAAUCUGACAUAAAGGACUUAUUAUACCUCCAAGCCAUUGUCAAGGAAACAUUGCGACUCUACCCACCUAGUCCAAUUAUCACCUUGCACGCAGCAAUGAAUGACUGCACUUUUUCAUGUGGCUACCACAUUCCUGCUGGUACACAGUUGAUGGUGAAUGCUUGGAAGAUCCAUCGAGACGGUCGUGUUUGGACUGAUCCUCAUGAUUUCAAGCCUGAGAGGUUUUUGACAGGCCACAAAGAUGUUGACAUCAGAAGUCAGAACCAUGAGCUUGUACCUUUUGGUUCUGGAAGGAGAGCAUGCCCAGGAGCCUCAUUGGCUUUGAGAGUGGUGCAUUUGACUUUGGCUAGACUGCUACACUCAUUCAAUGUUGCUUCUCCCUCAAAUCAAGCUGUAGACAUGACAGAAAGCCCUGGACUCACAAAUUUAAAAGCAACCCCACUUGAAGUUGUUCUAACACCGCAUCUAGAUGCCAACCUUUAUGAAGACUAGAUUCUAAAUGAAAAUAUCCAUUAAAUGGAGAGAAUCACAACUCAUUAUAUUAGGCUUGUUUUUCUCUAAAUAAGGCAACACUUUUGAGGUUGCUGCAAGACAUUUAAUGGAGGUAAUAGCUAUGAAUCAUGAUGUAUUAAUAAUAGUUCAUAUCUGGUACAAUCUUCAGUAUUGUGUUAA